AUGGCGACCGCUAUCGUCAACUUUGAAACCAUGGCUGCUGCGAACGUGAACGUCACCGCUGUCGAUACCGAUCCCGCUAUCGCUCCCGCUGCUGUCGACGCUACUCCUACUCCUGCUACUCCUACCCUCAAGUCUGAGUGGGGUCUCGUUGCACUCGCAACCGACUGCCCAUGGUGCGGAUGCGAAAACUCGAUCGACUUUAUCACUUCGCGCCUGGAGGGUGAGGACAUGGCAAUGUUCCUGCGUGCUGCCGUGCGCCACCACCGGUUCCUGAUCCGCGGAGUGCCGCAGGACCACCCAAAGGCCGCCCUCCCGCAGUGGAUGCGACAGCUCCUGGACAAGCACGCAGAGCUCGAGUACAUUACCGAGGAGCCGAUCGAGUACAUGCAGUGCGCUCACUGCCGCGAGGAUUUCGCCAUCGUCGAGGACGAGGUCGAGAUGGACCAGCUCGAGGACAAGCUCGACCUCCACCGUGUCAUGUGGAUCAACCGUCGACAGCAGCGCGACCCGUGCGCGACCUGCCCUCACUGCUACCUCGACACGUGCCGCGACUGUGGCAUGCGCUAUGACAACCACCGUGGCCGAUCCUGCCAGGACUACCUCAAGUGGGCCAUCGAGAUUGGAGGUGACUGGGAUACGUUUGGCGCAAAGAACGUCGAGUUUUACCUCACCCCUGAGCAGCUUGCUCCCCAGGUGCAGCAUGCCCCUCCUCACCCCGCUGGUCCCGAGGUGGAGGCGGCCGAGGUGGUGGCGUCCAUCGCUCUGCCGCGCGAUCUGCACGACGAGGUGCUCUCUCUCGCGCGCGAUCGCCUGGCCAACAUGGAGCUGAUUGCCCAGGAGGCGCGUCCAUGCCCGUUCUGCGGCCAGCACAUUUUCAAGAACGAGGGCUGCAACCACAUGACCUGCAAGUGGUGCAAGUGCCAGUUCUGCUGGAUUUGUGACUGGGAGGGCUUUGCGGGCGCUGUGGACGAUGAUGGCGAGGUCAUUCCGGAGAAGCGUGUCGUGACCUUUAUCGACGGCGAUUGCUGCGAGCGACACGGCGUGACCCGCACGCUCCCAGUGCUCAUGGCGUGA